AUGUCUAUAUCAAACGGAAUUGAUUUUAAACAACUUAAUGAACGAUUAUUAGAAAGAAAGUCUAUUAGAACAUAUGGAGAUAAAUACCCCACAAAUGAACAAGUUAAAGAAAUAGAAACAUUUAUAAAAACAUUAAAUGAAAUAGAAACACCAUUUAAAGGACAAGUUAGACUUUGUUUACAAACAGAAGAUUUUAGUUUUAUUAAAACGUUUGGAUUUAUUACAGGAAGUAAAUAUUGGAUAUAUGGAGUUAUUCCAUUAAAUAAUGUUUCAGCAUUAAAACAGUUUGGAUAUUUAUUUCAAUUAUUGGUAUUGAAAUGUACUUCAUUGGGUUUAUCUACAGUUUGGCUUGGUGGUACUUUUACUGUUUCUGCAUUUAAUGUUCUUCAAUAUGAUAAAAAUAAAGAAUUUAUUCCUUGUGUUUCUCCUGUUGGUUUUAAUGGAAAUGGAAAUGAAUUUCUUGCUCGUACAAUUGGUUCUAGAAAUCGUAAACUUUGGAAUGAAUUGUUUUAUUGGAAUUCUUUUAAUACUCCUUUAACAAAAGAAUUACUUCAAUCUCCUUUUAAUGAAAAUAUUUUUGAAAGUAUUCGAUGGGCUCCUUCAGCUCGUAAUCUUCAAGAAUGGAGAAUUGUUUUAACUGAUCAAAAUCAACUUCAUUUCUUUACUAUUGAUAGUUCUUGGAAAGAAAUUGAUCUUGGGAUUUGUGUUGCUCAAGCUACUGUUGUAUUAGAAGCAAAUGAUAUUAAAGGAGAAUGGAUAGUUUUAGAUUCUCAUGAAUUAAUAAAUUCUCUUCAUGCAACAGACUUGCAAUACGUCAUUUCUUUUAUUACACAAAAAUAA